GUUUGGAACUUUGAAGAGGUGAUUUUAAAGUUGCAUGUAUGAACAUCUGAAGCGAAAAUCAAUGAAACAAACAUGGAUUCGAAUGAUUCCAUCUUCAAUCUCUCAUCCAAACCAUCACUCUUCAGGGCUUUGCCUAGCCACUCAUAGAUUCCCAACAUUCACACAGUCAAUUCACACAGUACCAAAACAACCCCAAAUCGAUCCAUCAAUUGUGAACUCCAUAUGCGAUUCGCUGCGAAAAGGCUUGAACUGGGACGCACUGGCUCGACGAUUCAAUUCAGUAGAGUUGAGCGAUUCAUUCGUCGAAAAGGUGUUAUUCGAACUGAAACAACCCAUCGAUGCCAAACGCGCUCUGGGUUUCUUCCACUGGUCAGCUCAGCGCAUGAAUUUCGAACAUGGGACUCUCAGUUAUUGCAUUGCGAUUCACAUCUUGGUUCGCGCUAAGCUCAUCAAGGACGCUCGUGCAUUGCUCGAAUCAAUCCUGACAAAAAGUGUUUCGGGUAAUUUUUCGCGAUUUCUUGUGGUUGAUUCACUGAUUAGUAGUUAUGGAAGUACUGAUUCGACUCCGUUUGUGUUUGAUUUGUUGGUACAAACUUACUCUAAGUUGAGAAUGAUAGAUGUGGCUUUUGAUGUUUGUCAAUAUUUGGGUAAAAAUGGAUUUUCUUUGGGUAUUAUUAGUUACAACACAUUGUUUCAUGUGGUUCAAAAAUCUGAUCAGACCACUCUGGUUUGGAAGAUUUAUGAGUAUAUGAUCAAAAAAGGAACAAACCCAAAUGAUGUUACAGUCAGAAUCAUGACCAGUGCACUGUGCAAAGAAGGGAAGUUGCAGGAAUUUGUUGACAUUUUGGAUAGAAUUCAUGGGAAGAGAUGUUCUCCUUCAGUGAUUGUUAACACCUGUUUGAUUUUUAGGGUUUUAGAAGAGGGAAGAAUUGAAGAAGGGAUGGUUUUGUUGAAGAAAAUGUUGAGGAGGUAUAUGAUUCUUGACACCAUUUCUUUUUCUUUGAUUGUUUAUGCAAGAGUUAAGCUUGGGAGUUUAGACUCUGCACGUGAGGUUUAUGAGGAAAUGCUUAAGAGAGGCUUGUAUGCCAAUUCUUUCAUAUACACUUCAAUUAUAGGGGCUCAUUGUAAAGAGGGAAGGAUUGAUGCUGCAAAUUGCUUGAUGCAAGAAAUGGAAAACAUGGGAUUGAAGCCAUAUGAUGAGACUUUCAAUCAUCUCAUUGUGGGUUGCUCCGAGACGGGAAGAAUCCUAGAGAGCUUCAAGUUUUGUGAGAGAAUGUUGGCUAUGGGACUUGUUCCUAGUUGUUCUGCUUUCAAUGAUAUGCUUGGAAAGCUAUGUGAAACUGGGGGUGUGAAGCAAGCUGAUGAGAUGUUAACUGUUCUGUUAGAUAAGGGGUUUGUGCCGGACGAAAUCACUUAUUCUCACCUUAUUGCAGGCCUUGCGAAAGAAGGCAACAUUCAGGAUGCUAUCAAGCUGUAUUAUGAAGCGGAAUACAGAUCACUCUCUCAUGGUUCAUUGGUUUUUGAAUCGUUGAUUAGCGGCCUUUGUCAUUGUGGAAGGUUGGAUGAAGCGGAAACAUAUUUAAUGGUUAUGAAACGACGAUCAUUAGAACCAUCUGCAUACGUUUAUGAGACAUUGAUUGCAAGCCUCAUUGAGAAGGGUAACAUAACAAGAGCUCAUCAUCUUUACAGCGAAAUUCUAGACAAAGGAUUGAAGCCUAGUGACAAAUGUUUUCGCCUGUUGAUGCAGAGGGGUAAGGCUAAUUUAUCCUGAGGAGGCAAAAUCUAAUGUGAGUUCUCCGACUAAGAGAGUUAAGCUUGAGUGAAGAGGCUAAUCUGAGCAAGUAUGGUGAGAGCGACUUGAGUUCACUUCGGGCAUUCCAAUUGAACUGGAAGUUAGCUUCCAACAGUGAAAGUAUCAACGCCAUUGGUGACCUCCUUUUUCCAAGCCGCAGGAUCCUCUCCUGCUGAAGGAAAUCAUUCUUGCUGGGAUUAGGAGGGACAUUUCAAGUGAAGAAAUGCAUCACUAAAUGUACAGACAAUGGUUACCAUCAUUUAGCUUGAAGAAGCUUGCGCCAACCAAGAACUUUGUAUGCUUACUAGUGAAAUUGCAGCUUAUUUAAGCCUCUUCUAUGAUUCUGUAUCAUGCCAAUUAAAUUUCAGAACAAAAUUUGACCUAUUCAUAGUAGUUACUCGAGUUGACCUAUUCAUAGUAUUUAUAUAUUCCUUUCUUAUAUGGUCU